UUUUCGUCUGCAGUUGCUGCUGCAGCACAGAAGUUUAUAUAAUGUGGUCUAGUUUUGUUGUAUUUUUCUGUAUUGCUGUAGCUUUCUGUGACAGAGUUUCUAGGGAGGAUGAAAAAUCUCAUCAUAUACCUGAUAGGAGUGUUUACAAUAUAAGCUAUGCGGCUUCCGAUGGUACUGAACGACACGAAACAGGUCUACUGAGGCAGAAAGGAGAUACAAGUUUUCUGGUAGUGAAAGGCAUAUACAGUUGGCUGACAGCUAGAGGCACAUGGCAGGUCACCUACGAAGCAGAUGAAAAUGGAUUUAGAUCAGAGACAGUCCUAUUGCCACCUCGACUGCGUGCACCUAUUCUUAAUAUCAGAAUUCAAACAAAUGGAAUUGCUUCUUUAGUUGGUGGAGGACUGGGUUGAUGAAUAAACGUUAGCUCAGUUUCUUAUUUUCGAUCAAAACACCGCCAAAAAUGCCAGUGAGGUACAUCAGAUCAGUACUAGAGUAUACAGGGGUGCAUUUGUAUAUCACUUGGCAAUGUAAUACUGUACACAGUAAUGGAAUGUAACUAGAUUGACAACUGAAAUUUUACUCUGGAAUACUGUGAAAGCGUAAAUUAUUACAGAGUCAUGUAAUGACACUUGAUGACACCCGCAUGGGCAUCAUGUAAAAAACCUAUAAAAUAUCAAAACAAAAAACCUAUAAAAUGUCACCUUGCAAACUAGGAAGUUUUUAGGGUGCAAAUAGUCAUCCCACGUUUGCUCACUUUUGUGAACGUUCAUCUAAGGAGCAAUCACUCAAUUAAACUAAACGCAUUAUUGGUUGCAUAUGUUGUGUGAUACCAAAUGGUUCUUGUCUGUAGUUUUUAUCUCUGAGAAGACAGUUUAUGUGUAUUGGUCUGUAUGUGUAUAAAAUCAGUGAUAUUUGCUGUGUGAGAAAAUCGUUACUUAAUAUGCUGCCAAUGAAGUAUAUCUAUUGGCUGUGCCUGACGGGUUAUUUUUAUGUUGUGCUUUCUGAAGAGAGGUUAUGUUCAAUGUUAUAAAUUACGAAAAACUGGGGAGAAUUGCGAGAAAUCAUCACCGCGCCCGCGGUGUGUGUAAUUACUGUUAGCAUGUACGUAUAUAUGGCUUGUAAUUCGACAGUGUACAGUGAAUAUAAUUAUUGCUUAUCUCUCUCACUUUUGAAAUUCAGCAAGAUUGUAUAUGUAAUUUCCAGAAUGGAUAAGAAAAAGUGAAUGCGCAACUAGCUUUGAAUCUCAAUAAAGUGUAUUUGAGACAAGAACCCAAUGUAAUUAUCAUCAACACAUACAACUUACAGCUUAGACCUCCAGUAAUGCCAUCUCAGAAGCAGAUUUUACAUCACAUCAGAGCCAAAGUUUGAUAACAAGCUACAUGACGUUUAGGCAACACUUACAACUAAGUGCUGAGUUAAUAUCUUGUAGAAAAAACUUACAUAAUGUCAAAAAAAAAAACAGCAUAAUGUCAAAAAAAUCGGCAUAAGGUCACUUUUCAAUUCACGUGAUACCCGUGCCGACUGAUUUCUAACCACGUUGUAUGCGACCAUUGAAGUUAUUAUAAGAGAUCCUAGGGAUACGAGAUAGCAUUCAUAAUGAAAAACAUAGGGUAAAGUGGUGCAAACACGACACGAUUUUUAAAUCUUUUAAUUUUUUGUCAACAAAAAACCGGACUUUAAGGCUUUGUUAUAUUGCCGUGUAUAUAGAAAGCCAUGUAGUAUACCUCACGUUAAAAAAGGUUCAUAAUAUUCAUAAUGAAGGGCGUUUUUGUUAAAAAACCGUGUCUCGUUUUUAACCACCAUUUAGGCUAAAAACGAGACAGUGAGAGGUUAAAAACAAGACACUGUAUUUUCUGGCCUUUUAGUCAUUUUACAUCAGUGUGGCAAAAUAUGAGACUCUGGGGAAUAAAAACGAGACACACUGCAAGGG